AUGAUUACAAUGUACAAACACUUCACCGUGCAUUCAAAAAAUAUAAUCACAAAGCUAUCUUUUAAAUUCAUGGGAACCUUGAAACGUCAAAUAAAACCUUUUAAAGCUCCCUUGCGCUCGUCAAAUCCGGCGUCUUUCAUCAGCAUCGCUGAUAAACAAAACGUAGCCGCCGACAACUUAAAAUCAAGUAAGCAGGACGGCCAAUUGAGAAAGAAAACACUAGCCAUUGAUAAUGAUUUGAGGGCUCUUCAUAAAGAAAUUGACUCCCUAAAAUCAGCUUUGGACAUACUUGCAAAAUAUGAUAAGGAAAAAGAGGUAUUGAAGCUGAUCGACAAGUGGAGAGGUGUUUGCCAGGCAGGGAUGUCUUACAUGUUUAAUUCCACCAUGAUCAAAAUUGGCAAAAUGGGCGGAUAUGAGGAGUUAAGAAGAAGAGAGAUAGAAGCGGAAAAGAGGAAAAUCGAGUACCAGUGUGCUGAUGGAAUUCAAGAUGAAAUAGAUGGUAUAUUAGAAUCGGAUCAAUUUAAAGUAUUGUCUCCUGGAGAACAGGCUGAAAUCAAAGAUCGAUUGAAUGAGAGACUUGUAGAAACACAAAAAUGGCAGGAGAAGCAAUUGGAAUUAUUGGAACAAAAGCUUCUUGGAUCCUCUAAUCGUGAAAUGACAAUGGAAGAGCUCUCUAAGAGAUUGAAGAUCGAUUAUUCGAUGGUAUUUCCCUUGUAG